AUGGGCGACCUGUCCACGGGAUCUGCUGAUUGGUGGGGCCAUGUGAAGGAUGCCUCGCAACAAUUUUUCGAGCAGUACCAAAUGGCAGACCAAUUCGCCAGGUUGACUUUGAAGCCGGUGGCCUCCCCAGAUCUUUGUGACCCCAAAUGGGUCCGUUUGGAUAAGCGGGCAACGACGAUGCUCCUCCAGGCCGUUCCAGAAGAUGUUCGAAAAGAACUGGUUGUGGUUAGAGCAAGAUCGACCUUGGAGGUGAUGUGCAGGCUCAUGGUUUUGUAUAGGCCGGGUUCCGCAACCGAGAAGUCCCAGCUCCUUCGCAAGAUUGAGACUCCGGAGCCCGUGCAGGGACCUCAGGAAGCAGUGGAAGGACUCCGACUGUGGUUGAGAACUUACAAUCGAGCAGGAGACCUUUCGUUGGUUGUUCCGGAUCCCAGCAUCCUCUUAAAGUCCUUGGACAAUAUGGUCAAGAAACCUCUGAACGACAAUCCCGAGAUCCUUUUCCGUAUGCAGAUGCUCCGCUACCACUUGAAGCUUGACCCCAACCCCACGGCCGAUGGAGUCCUUGCAAUCCAUAAGGCUUAUCUUGCCGAGUUUGAACAAAUUGCGUCCCGCAGAACCAAGCCGCGUUCCGGUAAUAACAACAAUGACGGUGCUCCGAAUCCCAGGAUUAGAACCGUGGCGGGCAAGGACGGCAAGGAGGGCAAAGACGGAAGGGGAGGGAAGGAAGGCAAACCAUGUCGAUAUUUCCUAACGGAUGAGGGCUGUCGGAGGGGGAAAGACUGCAAGUUCGAGCACGUCAUGGACAAGGACAAGAGAGAUCGGUGCUGGGUAUGCGGGGCCAAAGGACACACUUCCAGGUCGUGUCCGUCAAAGACGAGGGACACUUCGACUUCUGCGGGAAAUUCCCCCACUGCAGCUGCUAAGGCAGCAGCUUUGAGCACGUCGUCCUCGUCAUCUAUGGCUAAGAGAAAUGAUGGAAGGGAUACCUCGGCAGGAGGUUCUUCGGAAGUUCCUGUGACCGGCUCCUCGACCUCUACUACAACUACGAUGGCAGAGAACCAAGGUCAGGGCUCUCAGGUGGAUCAGCUGUUGGUGGAAGUUCAGAGAAUGAUGAAAGCUUUCAUCGAUCAUAAAUCCCCCACAAUUCGAGCUCUCCAUCUUCCAGAACCUGCUAGUGUGGCAUCGAUCCAGGAUCCGAUGGAGACCCUCAUGGGCAGGUAUGGACUGAUAGACAGUGGGGCCACGCACCCACUGAGGGCAGCAAAGUCAUCUAAGGAAUUGGAGGAGGCCAAGCAGACCAGUGUUGUGCUUGCUGGAGACCAACGAGUUAGUCUCCCUCAGACGGCCUCUGGAGUGAUCCUGUCCGAGACUCAGCCGAUUGUUCCCCUGAAUAGCCUUGUGAAGACGCUCGGGCACGAGUUUGUGUGGAACCAUAAAGGCUGCCGUCUAUAUCAUCCCACGAAGCCCUCCAUACAAGUUUUUACGAAGAGUUCAUGUCCGGAAGUUCGGGAGUGUGACGCCUUGAGGUUGAUCGCAGAGUUGGAGACCGAGAAGGUCAAAGAGGCUAUGUCUUCUCUGUCCACGUUGAAGGACUACAAGCCCGACAGCUGGAAGGACCAUCUUCGCAAGUUUGUGGAGUCAGGGCUGAAGGAGCAUGGCAUUCGGGCCGUGUUCGCAGCGCCCUUUAUGAAAGAAAUCCCUGCGGAGCAGAAGGUGAAGAUCCUGGAGGCUUUCCCGCAGACGGACAAGGAGGCGUGGAUGCUGUUGAAGCAGUUACCUUUAAAUAGGGCAAAGAGGAGACAGCUAUGGAGAAGUCGGGAAUGGGUGGUGCACCUGUUCUCCGGCAAAGGAGUAGCGGAUGAUCCCCUCAGGGCGGUGAAGGGCGAAGUUCUGGAGAUUGACCUGAUUGCGGGUAUGGACUUGAAGAAUGUGGAAGUCUACAGCUUGCUGCUUUGGGCAGCCGCGGAGGGCCGUAUCAGAGCGGUCAUUGGAGGUCUGGUUGAAGGAGAUAAUCAGCUCAUCCUGAGGAUGGUGUGGCUUUGGUUGGUGGCGGAUGUGGGAAGGCAGACAGAUUGGCACCGAGACCUUCGGCUUCCGUCAGUGGCCUUCGGAAUGGAGCAUCCUGGCGAUCCGCGAGAUUAUCUGGAAGAGGAUAGCGCUUUGUGGUCGGCAUGUCCGUCAGUGUGGCGAACUGAACUCUUAGAGAUGUUGGCUGAGAUCAUGGAGCUCCGGGAGUAUGACUUCGACCAGGGAGCGUACGGGCAUGAACAGAAGAAACCAACUGGUUUCCUGGCCAACAUGGAGCUGGAUCUGUAUCAAAGAGAUGCUAGGCUAUAUCAUCCUCGGCCGGUCUCUUCAGGAAGCAUGGCGGUGUGGGCCUUGGGCUUUCGGAAAGAGAUUGCGAGGGCCUUGGACGUUUGGGCAAAACAGCAAGCAAAGCUGCUCCCUGUGGCAGUGAACAAAGUAAUGUCCGAAAAAGAGUUGACUGAGUGGAAAGCUCAUGUUGAGGCCGGACAUUGGCCUUAUAGGAGGGACUGUGCGGUUUGUCUCUCGGCUUCGGGAACUGGAAGACCAGCACGGAAAGUCCUCCACAGGGAUGCCUACGUGAUGAGCCUGGACAUUGCGGGUCUCUUCCGAGAUGUUGGACAGGAUGAGAAGAAGGGUGGCAAGUAUCGUUUUGCCCUGGCGGCCACGUACGUGUUUCCUAAGACUACUGGAGUUCCGGAAGACGCUCCCGUUCCUGACACGGAGGAUGACCUGGACUUCUUUGAGCAAGGCGAAGAUGAAAGCGAGCCAGGCCCAGGAGAUUUAGUAGAAGAUCCAGGCGCAGAUGCCCAAGAAGAAGAGUGGGUUCGCAUUGCUGGAGAUCUCCAAAAGCCAAUGGAAUUCCAAACACUUCGCUUUGUGGUUCCUCUGGAAAAUCAUAAAGGAAAGGACAUCCUCGAGGCGGUCCAAGACCUCUACAUCUCGCUGCGAGCCGCUGGCUAUCCUUUGGCCAGGAUACAUAGUGACCGGGCAAAAGAGUUCCGGACGAAACAGCUGAGGAAAUGGUGUCGUGAGCGAGACGUUUACCAGACCUACACCGAAGGUUUGGCACCCUCUCAGAACGCGGUUGCCGAGAACCAUGUCAAGUGGCUGAAAUGUCGAGCAAGAGCCCUUCUACAAGAUGCGCAGCUGGAUAAGAUGUACUGGCCAUGCGCUAUGAAGCACGCCUGCCUUCUUCACAACAAAAGAAUCAUGGGGCAGAAAGCUCCGGGAAUAAGGUUUGGUUCCAAAGUUUGGGUUCGAUCCAAGGAGGAGCACCUGGGCCCGUUCGACAAAAGAUGGGUGGAAGGUGUUUUUCUUGGUCCCGCUGAAGAUGUGCGUGAAGGCUUUGUCAUCAAGCUCGAGGACGGCACUUGGUUCCGCACCUUACACAUGAGGGAGGCCGUGAAUGUCUUGGAUGAGAGUGAGGGUGUGGAGACUGGGGUGCAGUGGAUCCGACGCCUACAAGGUCAACCUUCUGGAGAAAGAAGGAAGUUAGUCGAGGAGAUCCUGAAGAGCGAGAUCUGGGAUGCCAAAGAGGCAAGAGCGAAGAGGCCUCAAUUGCAAGGGAAUUUGGAUGCAGAGCAGCGUUACGUCACUUUUGGAGCUUUCCAACAUGGAGGCGUCGUCAAUGUGACAAACGCAACAAUAGAGUUCACCGAGGUGGCGGAAAAGGUCGCAAAAGUGGUCCAGAUGGACUUCCCUGGAGAGAUCUUCACCUCGGCCACUUUGACCAAGAAUGCACUCAUGCCCUUGCACCGGGAUAUCUUCAAUUUGAAGGGGUCUUUCAACUUGGUUAGUCCUCUAAAAGUCGGGAAAGGAAGUGCAAUAUGGCAUGACAUGAAGUUCGGGGACGAGUUCUAUGGCAACUUUGAGUUUCGGGAAGUGGAUGGGAAGGAGAUGCCUGGCCAAAAGAUGAGUGUGGAAAAGCCCGUGAAGGUUAUCCCUCAGCGCUGGCAUCAACCUAUUCCGGGAGAAGGUCCAGAUAGGGUGCUGGCAGUGGGUCACACGAUUGGUAGUUGGGUGAAGUUGUCUUCAGAAGUUCGAGAACAAUUGGAGAUGAUUGGUUUUGUUGUUCCAAGGGAAGAUGUGAAGGUUGCGGCUAUGGUGGUGGAAUGCGAGGAUGGUGAGGUUUUCUCCGUGGAUGUGACGAGUGGAUCCAGUGGUGAAGCA